AUCGUAGCCCCUACCAAACCCUCAUUCUUUGUUCUGUCUUUCCGUGCCGCUAGCAGCAUACCAUCAUUCCCUGCCCGGGUGCUGUGGAUCGGUACACGCAUGACCCCCCCGCUUAUCUCGCAACUACUUUAUCCGUGGUGCCCUUCCAGGUUCACUCCCGACAGAAGUGGACUCAAGACUACGACCAACGUUUCGUCCACCGCCACUCGAGGAAGUAGCCGCACCAGCCGCUGCCAGUAUGGUCUUGAUUUGAGGACCGUCUUUCUUUAAUAUAUUGCCUUGAACUCGUCCUCUACAAACUGGCCAACUACAGCAUCCACCAUCGCCGACAUUAAACACAGUUACAAAUACCCCAUCAUGGACCAACAAACAAAAGUCUGGGCCAUUCUUGGCGCCGUCGUAGGCACCCUCGUCGUCACCGGUGUUGCCGUUACCCUACUAUUUUGCUGGAAGAGAUCUCAAAGACGGAUGAGGGGUUUCUCCCUACGAGCAGCCACACCACUAGACGACGCCGAGUUUGAAUCAUGGCGAAGACCAAGCCAAUACGCACAACGACCGGAAAAGUACGGCAUCCGACCAACCCAGCCAGCCCUCACACGAGAUCGCAUAUCCCCCAGAAUCAACACCGACUUUGAGAAGGAGCUCAGCACAUACGAGUUCCCUCCACGAACACCAUCCUUGACAGACAACAUCUCGAUGAAGUCACCCACCAGCUCGAUACGAGUACCGGACCGAGUACGCAGGAAGUCCAGCAUGUCCUCAUCUAUUGCAGACCGACCACCCACGCCUUACUCUCCCAGCUCCCCACCAACCGACUUCCACCGCGGUUCGACAUGCUCGCACAGGUCACCAUUGAUCCACUAUCCUUCCUUAUCCGAGGCUUCGUCCUUUAAAUUCAACUUUGAAGCAGAGUACGGCACACAGCAGAAGAGCGAACGCUGGCUCUGAGCUCUAAUUACCUUGACUCGACUUCAACUGAGUGGUGCGGUCUGACAGGUGUCUGUACCACCAUGCACCACGUCUUGUACCAGUCAGCACUUUACUUUUGCGACCUUCACUUCGCAUACAUACUUUACGACUACACAUGAUUUAUAUUUGGGCGUUUGGCAGAGCUUUGCACUUAUGAUACCAGACCUUAGUGUCACUACAUGGGCCUUGAGCCUUUUCUUUUUGUUCAGGAUUCCGUGCCCAAGGAUGCACGAGGAGGACGAGUGUGUGACACAUGGAGGAUGGAAGCAUGACAUAGGACGUUAGCAUAGGAUAGUGAAGAAAUACAACAUUGACCCACGACAA